CAUUACAAUGACUAUUGUUACAGCAUGUAGUUACUCAGCCGGGAACACUACCAUGACUACGUAUACAACAACAACAUUCGAAGUGGCUUAGUUCGAACUGAGUGAGUUCUUCUCCCAAAAAAAAGUAUAAUAGUAGUAUUUUUUCAUUUUGUUGCAUAGACUAGUUCUGGAAAUCAUUUCUUUUCGUGGACUAGAAGUUGCAGACUGUUUCUUUCAGACAUCGAUGAUGAACGUGAAGCGAAUAAAAGGCGAGGUAAAGCAGAUGAUCGAAAGCCCACCGCCGGGUUUAUCUAUCAGAUCUUCAGAGAAUGAUCUUUGCUACGUAGAUUGCACUAUGCAGGCUCCAGCAUGCAGUCCGUAUCAAGGUGGCCGUUUUGAACUGAUAUACCGCUGGAACCACUAUCAUCCAUUCAUUCCACCAGAAGUACGGUUCCGGACCAAAAUCUACCAUCCCAACAUUGACAGCCACGGCAACAUAUCCUUGUCUUUCCUUACUUCUGAAUGGUCUACUUUAUAUACAAUUCUUAUGACCCUUCUGUCUAUCCAAUCCAUCCUCGAUGAUCCACUUCUGGAUAUGCCGCUAGUGCCCGAGAUCGCUCGUAUCUACAGUACAGAUCGUGCCAAGUAUAACACGUGUGCAAAGGCAUGGACCAUGGAGUAUGCAACGGGCGGUGUGGAGAUUUUGCCGGAACGUGAACUUGAAGUGCCGAUCAUACGUAUCAUACUGCUUGGUGAGUCUGAUGUCGGGAAGACAUCACUGGCAUGUUCACUAUCCAGGAGAAGGAUGCCGGAACGUAAUCGUAACACCAGUACACUAGGAGUGGAUAUGAGUACACUUGUCAUCGACUCUAGCAACGACAAUCGUGAUAUUGCUAUCAGACACAUGGCAACGACAGGAGGUGAGCAGAGCGAGCAAGCACUCAUUCGUCAACUAGCUACUUGGAUUUUCCAGGGCAACAAGGUACAGCAAGAAUCCACAGUCAUGGGAACCAUUUGCACACCGUCGCCGAUAGCGUGUACAAGUCACACGAGCAGCACGUCCCAAUUGGCAGCUGCUGAGGACACUGAGCAAGCAGAGUGCCACCGCAAGGAUGAUAGCAAGAGUGCAGUGACCAGGGAAUCAAGUCGAGCCAGAAGUCUUCACCAGAGUGCUCUGGAAGAAAUCACGGACAAAGUGACAUCGGAGCAUUACGUCCAUCAUCUUAGCGAGCUGAUCGUGAAGAAGUCCCUAAAGGUGAUGCGUUUGUGGGACACCGCCGGGCAAGAUUCCUAUCGUAUUCUUCAUCACAUGACCUUCGGUGCUAGGCGUACAUCCUACAUUAUCGUCUACAAUGCCAAGCGCUCGGUCAAGGAACAAGCUGAUCAUAGCAAUGUUCGUAAAGAUGGUGAAUGUCGUCCAUGUAGCACUGCGCUUCCUGGACAGCCGAGCCUAACGUACAUCCACGACGCACUGGAAACCAUACACGACAACGUACCGGAUGGAGAGAGUGCUCGAGUUUUCCUAGCCGGUUGUCAUAUCGACGAGCGACAGAGCCGAGUUGCUCUCGACAACGAUGCCUUCAAGGCCGAACUCGAUGAGGAGCGGCAUGAGAUCAUCCGGAGCAUUGCCUGCCAGCCAUUCCGUAACCUGCUGAAGAAAGAAGACAUCUUCUUCAUCGAUAACACAGUUUCCGGCCGGAGGCAUAUUCCUGAGGACAAACAGCUAGUAACGCUGAGACAGCAGCUGUGUAUGGAGAGUGAGCGUCAAGAUCCGAUACCUACUGCUCGCCUGCUUGAGACAUUGGCCAUCAUGGAGGUAUCCAGUCAUCCAGCGUUGGAAACGCCAUGGAUAACACGUGUUGAAAUUGAGGAGCUGAUGCACCGCAUCAACGCUCGGUCACGGGAACCAGUGAGCGUGGAGGCGAACCUGUCAUUUCAGCAUUCUAUCGGAACCGCGCUCUACUACCCAGACUCCAGUAAGCUACGUGACAGGGUUAUUGUUGACGUUCCCAACGUCAUGCAACUGGCAGCCGCACUCCUACAGCCAAGUCUUACAAGAGCAGACCUAGAUGGUGAGGUGUCGUUGCAAGAUGUUCACCGACUGAAACGAGGCUUUAUCUCCAACAGCGUGGCUAUAUGCCUGUGGAAGAAGUUCUGCCCCCAUCUGUAUCCGGCGAUGAUGAAAGGGGAGAAUCGCCAGUUCUUCUACGACUUGAUGACGAGUUUGGACGUACUCUGUCACGUCGGUGAGGUGUGUUCGGAGGAUGAUGAUGAUAGCGAUGUCGACAACGAUGGAGUUGUCGCCGAGCACAUCGCGAAGGAGAUGUUCUGGAUGCCAGCAGCAGCUGAGCGCUAUAAGCUACCCGCCGCAGCUGGUGCCGUGUCGCCAGAGAUCAUUCUCUCUUCAGCUAGCGGCACACAUUUACCACACUCCAUGUUCCUGAGAAUCGGCACUCGCUGUCUUUCGCACUACAAUGCUGAAUGUGUCAGGAAGGCAAACUAUUCGUGGUUGAAUACGGCACUAGCCAAGACCUGCAUGCGUCUACCGUUGGCCAAUCAUAUGUGGCUAAUUCUACGCUACAUGAAAUGUGGUGUGAGCAUCUGCGUAGAGGCCAACAGCCUGCAUUAUGAGUUUGGCAGUGGUGAAGGUGUCCCUAUCCUCAACCAGAUCCAUGUCUGGGUGAAAGACGUCCUCGCAGUAGCGCACAAGAAAAUCAAACUCAAGGAGCUAUUGAGAUGUGAGUGUGGUGCGAUGAACAGGGACGUACUCUGUACACUACAUGGACGCGAAAACUGCUCCGCGUCAUCUCCAUCGGCGAACACUGUCCCUGCGGGUGCCAGUGCUGCUACCAGGGCUGCCAGUGAUCCUACCGCUGACACCGAUGUUUCCAUGGCUACUCGUUCCACUACCGCAGUUACUGAUGGCCCCACAGCUACUGGCCCCACAGCUACUGGCCCCACAGCUACUGGCCCCACAGCUACUGGCCCCACAGCUACUGGCCCCACAGCUACUGGCCCCACCGCUACUGGCCCAACAGCUACUGGCCCCACUGCUGUUUCUGCGGCCUCUGGUACCGCUGCUGUUACUGCUGCUUCUGGCGGUGGUUUGUCUGCAAAGCAGUGCUUUCACACCGUUGCCGCUCUGAAGCUCGGCGAUGUCCCCAUGUGUCCGAUAGCAUAUACUGAAGGACGCACCGCACCUCAGCUUGUCUCCCAAGACGCUCUCCGGUUCUGGAAGUCAUGGCAACAGGAUCCUGGACAUUAUGGUAUUGUGUGUCUACCCAACAUAGCUAGUUCAGCAUCCGUCAGUGCAGCAGAAUCAUCCCCAUCACCACCAUCAACACCAGCUCCUGACGAUCUUACCGAAUGGAAAUACAGCAAGAAGACUUUGCGGCAAGCUGAUCGUUUCGACUUGGCUAACCGUUUGAAGAAGGAACUAAACGAUGAACAACGAGUGGUGUACUCUUCAUAUGCGACUAGAGGCUGGGUAUGUACAUGCUUUUCACCAUCUCUCCUGCCUAUGCUGGCUGGUCAGUUGCAUAUCUCCUGCUCUGGCUGGUCAGUUGGAUAUCUCCUGCUCUGGCUGGUCAGUUGGAUAUCUCCUGCUCUGGCGGGUCAGUUGGAUAUCUCCUGCUCCUAUGUCAUGUGUGCUGGUUGUUCUCGUAGGAGCGCUGGUUAUAUUCGCUGUUCUGGAUGCACUGGAUGCACUGGAUGUGCUAUCUGUGAUCUGAUCAUAGCUGUGCUAGGAGCACUGGCUGUGCCCAAUGCAAUGGCUGUGAUGCUUGUAUUGGCUGCGCUGGCUGUGAUCUGGUCAUAGCUGUGCUAGGAGCACUGGCUGUGCCCAAUGCAAUGGCUGUGAUGCUUGUAUUGGCUACGCUGGCUGUGAUCUGGUCAUAGCUGUGCUAGGAGCACUGGCUGUGUCCGAUGCAAUGGCUGUGAUGCUUGUAUUUGCUGCGCGGGCUGUGAUCUGGUCAUAGCUGUGCUAGGAGCACUGGCUGUGCCCGAUGCAAUGGCUGUGAUGCUUGUAUUGGCUGCGCUGGCUGUGAUCUGGUCAUAGCUGUGCUAGGAGCACUGGCUGUGCCCGAUGUGAUGGCUGUGAUGCUUGUAUUGUCUGCGCUGGCUGUGAUCUGGUCAUAGCUGUGCUAGGAGCACUGGCUGUGCCCGAUGUGAUGGCUGUGAUGCCUGUAUUGACUGCGCUGGCUGUACUCGCUGUGAUGGUGUGUAUUGGCUGUGCCAAAUGUGCUGGCCUGCAACUCUUGAUCACCAUGGCGAAAACGAUGCCCUGGAGACAGGUGAUAUUAUUAUUUUACACUGGAGAUCUUCAUUCCGUUCCUAUCGUCUGACGGAUCAUCUUUUUGCUUUCACCCUGACUUGCUGGAAAAUUUGGUUAACACAUAGUGACGUAUGCAGCGAAGUGAUUUGCUUGGAAGCUAAAAUCUGGGUUCGUUGAACUCUUCGUGUUUUGACCAAAUCUUUGCUUACAAUACAGCUCACAUAAAUCUUCUGCAUUUCACCAACUGUUGCCUGGAUCCCAUGUUGAUGUAGAAUGGCUGCGGGCGGCUGUUAGCUUAACACUUUGAAAAACUUGAGAUUAUAUUCUGCGACUGCUGGCA